AUGUCUCACAGAGCACAUCGAUGUGAAGGAAUGUCAGCACAAAUGGAGCCAGUCUUUGAUAGAUCUUCGAAAGUUGUUGUAAUCAGUGGAUCAGACGCUGAAACCAGACACAAGAAGAUAGAACGAUGGUUGAAUAAACAUUAUCCUGGUCAUCAGCUCAUACAAACGGCGAAAGUAAAACAAAACGAUCGAUUUUACUGUCGUAAGACGUUUCGCACAUCCAAAGGACAAGUGAAAGCUGUUUAUUUCGAUUUCACGAACUCUCUCAACAAUAAGAUAGGUACGACGAAUAGAAUGUUUGCUGGUGGAACUAUGAUUCGUAUAUGGGCACGACAGGGAUCGCAACCGACAAGAACUGAACACUUCACAUAG